UGAAACUUUGAUUUACUUGUUCAUGAUAUAAUUAAAUAAAUGGGAAGGCUAGCUAUUCGUUAUAUGUCAUGAUAUGUCUUGUGGAACUCUUUCUUUAAUUGAAUUGGAAUGUUGCAAAAGUAUUUAAUUUAGUGAGAGAGCCGUUACAUAAAUCUGAAGCCAAACGAACGAAAGAUUGAAUCCAUGGCAUUAAAAAUGAAUAUAAAAUGAAAAUUAAAUCGAAUAAAUGACAAGAAAAAAAAACGAGUGAAAUAAAAGGAACAAAAAAUUCAAUUCGCAAAUAAUUCAAAUCGCGAACGUACGAAGGAAAUGAAUUCUAGUUAAUGGGGUUCCUGUGUAAAUGACUCAUUCCCCCGCGAUCYGCAGUGAGUGCAAAUCCAAGAUGGCGGCAAGAAUUCAAAGUUGGAUCUCCAGUCCUCAAACAUUACAAGGGGCGUACAUUUUGAGUCGUGGCGUGAAUACUAUGGCAAAAAUAAAUUAUAAACCAACWGUUUCCAAGCUGGCAGCACGUUGUAAAGCAGGCAGAAAUAAAGUGAGACCUGUCAAGCCCAAUCCCAAGAACCUGAUGAUYGCUUCAAAUGUCAAAAGUAUCUUUGAGAACAAUAGCAUGGUAGCUGUGUUUCAGUAUGGUGACCUAAAUACAGAAGAAUGGGAAGAUCUGCGCUUUAACCUUUCAAAGCAAGAUAUUGCACURAAAGUCUUCCCAAACAGAGUGACUCAUAAAGCUUUGGAGGAUUCCAUAUACAAGAAUAUAGUACCAUUGUUUUCAUGCACAACUUGUAUUGUGUAUUCAAAUGAACCCAAAGUCAAAAUAUUGAUUGAGGCAACUAAGAAGCAAUCAAAACUAGAGCUUUUAGGAGCUAAAGUUGAAAAUAGGCUGCUYUCAAAAUCCAAAACUCAAGAGUUUUCUAAACUUCCCUCAUUGCAAGAAUUACAUGGACAGCUUGCUCAACUGCUUCAGAAACCAGCAUCCAAUAUGGGUUAUCUUUUUGAGCAAAACCAAAGACAAUUAUCWGGAAAUCUUUCCCAAUUUGUAAAUCAAAAUCAAAAACAGUGAUUUUAUAUGGUUUCAUAAAUAAAAAUCUUAUUUAGAAUU